GCUCGCCUCCAGCUUGGGCUUCUAGAGACCUUUCUCUCUGGGAAGAAUUUUGAUGUUAAUUAGAAACAUCUCCAGAAGAUUCACGGAGUUACCCAGGUGAGGUAAACCUGUGAGGGACCAGCAUGGGAAUCCUGUACUCUGAGCCCAUCUGCCAGGCAGCCUACCAGAAUGAUCUGGGGCAAGUGUGGCGGUGGGCAAAGGAAGACUACCACUGUGUGGAUGUUCAAGACAGCUUCAAUGGAGACACUCCGCUCAUCUGCGCUUGCAGGCGAGGACAUCUGAGAAUCGUUUCCUUCCUUUUAAGGAGAAAUGCGAAUGUCAAUCUCAAAAACCAGAAAGAGAGAACUUGCUUGCACUAUGCUGUGAAGAAAAGGUUCACCUUCUUUGACUAUCUUCUUAUUAUCCUCCUGAUGCCUGUCCUGCUUAUCGGGUAUUUCCUCAUGGUAUCAAAGACAAAGCAGAAUGAAAAUCUGGUGCGCAUGCUCCUUAAUGCCGGCGUUGAUGUGAAUGCUGCAGACCGUUAUGGUUGCACUGCCUUACAUUAUGCCUGCCAGAUGAAAAACCAGACUCUCAUCCCUCUGCUACUGGAAGCCCAGGCAGACCCCACGAUAAGGAAUAAGCAUGGUGAGAGCUCACUGGAUAUUGCACAGAGACUGAAAUUUUCCCAGAUUGCAUUAAUGCUGAGGAAAGCAUCAUAGCCCUGUGACCUCCAAAAGGGAGACAGAGACACAGCUAAGGGGCCAGAUGUUGCCUCUACUUUGGACUAUUGGACUAUGGACCACGCAGGCUGGACAUCUCUACUUUAUGGGGAUGAUGAUGAGUGUUGUACUUAUAAUGACUCAUCCAGUGGAGUUCACCAGGGCCAUUAUUCUUCUCAAAGAUACGUAGACUUGUUGGAGUCUCUAUUACCAUCAAAAACUGAUAUUUUAAAUGCGUUGUCUCCUGAAGAAGGUCAGAGUUGCCCAAGACAGCAUUCUCUCCUCCCAACUAUGUCAUUCUUAUAAUGAAGUUUGCCCUACAUCCUGUCCUAGGAGACAAAUGGUUCCUCUCAGGCCCCUGGAGUAUGAAGCAAAGACUUGAAACAUAUACAUAUGUACAUGAUGGUAUAUAUGUGUGUGAGGGGGUAAGA